GGGGCGAGCGCAGCAGCAGCGGGAGGAGGAGAGGAGAUUCUGCCUUCAACCUCUAAACACCCCAACAGAUCGGGGGGAGGGAGGCGAACGAGAGAGAAAAAGAGAAGCGCGGAAGGUUGCUGCUCGCCUCCUGGGCGGAGAUACACACACGCACACACACACACACACUCACACACACGCGCGCACACACACACACAUACACACAUACACACACCAGCACUCGCACGCACACACCACCUCAGCACCCAGAUAGAGGGGGAGCGGGAAAGCGGCAGCGGAGGAGGAGGAAGGAUGCAAGGGAAGAAACCGAGCGGCUCUUCGGGCGGCGGUGGCAACGGGGGCAGGAGCGGCGAGCUGCAGGGAGAUGAGGCUCAGAGGAACAAGAAGAAGAAAAAGAAGGUGUCUUGCUUCUCCAACAUCAAGAUCUUCCUGGUGUCCGAAUGCGCCCUGAUGCUGGCGCAGGGCACGGUGGGCGCUUACCUGGUCAGUGUCUUAACUACCCUAGAACGGAGAUUUAACUUGCAGAGUGCUGAUGUUGGUGUAAUUGCUAGCAGCUUUGAGAUUGGAAAUUUGGCCCUCAUCCUUUUUGUGAGCUACUUCGGAGCCAGGGGACACCGGCCACGUUUAAUAGGCUGUGGUGGAAUCGUCAUGGCUUUAGGAGCUCUGCUUUCUGCACUGCCUGAAUUCUUGACCCAUCAAUAUAAGUACGAGGCUGGGGAGAUCAGAUGGGGAGCCAAAGGACGGGACGUGUGUGCUGCCAAUGGGUCCACCAGCAACAAGAGACCAGAUCUGGAGCUAAUCUGCAGGAAUAGGACUUCCACCAACAUGAUGUACUUGCUUCUCAUUGGUGCACAGGUCCUUCUGGGGAUUGGUGCUACCCCUGUGCAACCUUUGGGAGUCUCCUACAUCGAUGACCAUGUGAGAAGGAAAGAUUCUUCCCUGUAUAUAGGGAUCCUUUUCACAAUGUUGGUGUUUGGACCAGCCUGCGGAUUCAUCCUGGGUUCCUUCUGUACCAAAAUUUAUGUGGAUGCUGUCUUUAUUGAUACAAGUGUCCUGGAGAUCACCCCAGAUGACCCCCGCUGGAUCGGUGCCUGGUGGGUAGGCUUCCUGCUCUGUGGUGCCUUACUCUUCUUCUCCUCUCUCUUGAUGUUUGGGUUUCCACAGUCCCUGUCCCCUCACCCAGAUCCCACAGUGGAGAGCGAGCAAGCCAUGCUCCCUGAAAGAGACUACGAAAGACCCAAGCCCAGCAAUGGGGUCCUGAGGUAUCCACUGGAGGUGGACAACAGCACCUCCUGUUUUCAGCAGCUAAGAGUGAUUCCUAAAGUGACAAAGCAUCUAUUGUCUAACCCCGUGUUCACCUGCAUCGUCCUAGCAGCUUGUAUGGAGAUUGCAGUGGUAGCUGGCUUUGCUGCUUUCCUGGGAAAGUACUUGGAACAACAGUUCAACCUCACAACUUCAUCAGCCAACCAGCUGCUGGGGAUGACUGCUAUUCCAUGUGCAUGUCUGGGUAUAUUCCUAGGAGGUCUUCUUGUAAAGAAGCUAAGCCUGUCUGCUCUGGGAGCCAUUCGGAUGGCCAUGCUAGUUAACUUGGUGUCUACAGCUUGUUAUGUUUCCUUCCUUUUCCUGGGGUGUGACACAGGUCCUGUGGCUGGGGUUACUGUUCCCUAUGGAAACGACUCAGCACUUGGUGUAGCCUUGGAUCCUUAUUCUCCUUGCAAUAAUAACUGUGAAUGCCAAACCGACUCUUUCACUCCAGUCUGUGGGGCAGAUGGGAUCACUUACCUAUCUGCUUGUUUUGCUGGAUGCAACAGCACGAAUCUCACUGGCUGUGCCUGUCUCACAUCUGUCCCUUCUGAAAAUGCAACAGUAGUUCCUGGAAAAUGCCCCAGCCCUGGUUGCCAAGAGGCCUUCCUUACAUUCCUCUGUGUGAUGUGUGUCUGCAGCAUGAUAGGAGCAAUGGCUCAGACUCCAUCUGUGAUCAUUCUCAUCAGGACAGUCAGCCCUGAACUCAAGUCUUAUGCUUUGGGGGUUCUAUUCCUACUCCUUCGUUUGCUGGGCUUCAUCCCUCCUCCGCUGAUCUUCGGGGCAGGCAUUGACUCCACCUGCCUGUUCUGGAGUACCUUCUGUGGUGAGCAGGGUGCCUGUGCCCUCUAUGACAACGUGGUGUACAGAUACCUGUACGUCAGCAUCGCAAUUGCCCUCAAGUCUUUCGCGUUCAUCCUUUACACCACAACGUGGCAGUGCCUGAGGAAAAACUAUAAACGAUACAUCAAAAACCACGAGGGUGGGCUCAGCACGAGUGAGUUCUUUGCCUCUACUCUGACCCUAGACAAUCUAGGGAGGGACCCUGUGGCCCCAAACCAGUCACAUAGGACAAAAUUUAUCUAUAACCUGGAAGAUCACGAGUGGUGUGAAAAUAUGGAAUCUGUUUUAUAGUGACUAAGGAAGGACAAACUAUAUUAGUAAUCAAAGGGUCCUUUUUCUUAAAAAAAUUUAAAAUAAAGUUUUAAAAAAUGGAAACAUACACACACAACAACAACCACCAUUUUUGUCCUUUUCUCAAAAUCAUAGCCAGACAGGAAUCAGAAUAAUGAGAUAUAUGGGAUCAUGCAUUUGACAUUCUUCGGGAGCAAGGCAGGAAAUGCCAUCAGGUGUUGGUGGCAAUCCUUUGAAGGUUCAAAUGUGGUUUCUAGAAAUGCCAUCAGCUCCAAGCAACAGGGAAUGAUGGUGGUGGCCAGUUCAGCAAAUGGACAUUUUUGGACAUAAAAAUCUAUCAUCCUAUUAAAAAAAAAAAAAAAAGAGUUGACAAUAUUUCCAGGAUAAGCACUAGUGACACUCUUUGCCCCCUCCUCCUUCAAUACAGGCAGGGAGGGAGCAAGAGAAGAGGGGGUGGGAAGAUCUGCUCCCCUCUAACCUUCGCAAUAUGGGUCACUGUGUAGACAAUUCACCUAGUCUGCAUGUUGUUCCAGGCCUCAGAGUUCUCUCAGUGAUGUGAUUGGGUGAUCCGUGCUGGAGUCAAUAAAUGACAUCCCUCACCAGCCGUAUUUUCCAUGUUCGAAAGGUAGAAAACUGAGAGAGUGAGGGGGGAGUGGAGCAUGUAUGUGGGGGGGAUCUAGGGCUCAUCCUUCCCUCAUCUACGUAUCCAGAAGGUGAGAAGUAUCCACCUCCCCCCAAGUCUCACAGACCUCAGGAUGUGCUGGGCCUUACCUGUGGCUAUGACUGGCUGAGCUCAGAGCCACGGAGACCCACAUUUAGUAUAAGUCAUUUGCUUACAUUUGCCAAACAUUUUGCCAUUUUUAAAUGGGUAUGGAUUUCAAACGGUUGUAUGUAUAAUCUAUAAUACUAUUUUUAACUAUUUCCAAAAUCUAUGUUAACCUUUCAGUCACUAACAGAAUUCUAUAAGAGAACUUUAUUAUAUGCUGGUUGCUUUACUUUUUUUUCUUUUUAAUGCACCAAAAAUAUAAUGUGAUUCAAGGGAUGCAAUUAAUCUAUUGUAAUUUUUAUCCUUUUAUCUUCAUUCUGAUACACUACAAAGCCAGUAAGAAAAUACAUAUUACCAAAAAAAAAAAAUCUUCAGAGAGAAUGGAUGCAGUCUCUCUUUUUAAAAAGAACCAUAAUUGGGACAACAGGGGAGAAGGUAAUGAAAUGCAAACUUGCCUUUUCUCUUUAAUCUCCAUGCUCACUGUCAUGAAGAAGCCCCCUUUAUAUUCAGAACUACAUUUUAAAAGUAUUAUUUACAGACUGUAGAAGCUCACUUAGGUGGUGUUUGUGGGUAUCUUUAUAUACAUGUGUAUAUAACAUUUUUAAUGAAAGGAAAUGGAAAAUGAAAAAUAAAUCUUAGGCUAUUAUUCACAAGCACAAGCUGUUGAAGAGCCAGGGGUGCCCCAGUUUAAUGAAUCUUCCCACAAAAUACUGAAAGCUAUCCCCUUUCCAAUGGAUUAAAAUGUCAACAGUGUGUUCAAGGAUGGUCUCCAAUUUAAGAGGCCUUUGUCCAUAUAUUUUGAAAGUGACUGAACUUCAGAUAGUUAAAAAGGGACAUUCUCAUUGUUUGGAAUAAGAAUCCACUGAAAAACCUCUUGCUGGCACAAGACUAAUCUUUUGUGGGCAAGCCUGUGGGAGAGAGACAUUGGGCAUGCACAUGUGUGCGCACAGAUACACACACACACACACACACACACACACAGCAAGUGGGUCUAUUAAUCUUCUCUCCAUACUUGUUUGAUGACCUGGUUUCAAAUAUGACAUUCCUAUGAAGUUGGCCCAGAGCUGUCCCCAAGGGAUUAUUUUACCUCACUUAUGAAUUCAUAAAUCACACUCGGGGUUGAACAGCAAGGAAAAGAAAAUCCUAAAGGAAAAGAACACUGUGCCAAAUACCUAACCACCACAGUAAAUGAGGAGAUUUGGUUCCAAGUACAGAACCAUAGAAAAUCAUCGAGAAAAGAGAAUUAUGUGGAUAGUAUUGUGAUCGGUUGCCUGGGAGAUGUGGCUUUUUGAAAAAUAGUUCUUGAAUCUAUUUAAUUUUGGAAUAGCUUCACCAAUUAAAAUAUACAUAUUCAUUCAUCAUUACCUAAUUGAUAGGGGUGAUAAUUCUACAGCCAAUCUAAAAAUAUAUAUAGUUACUAGCUCUGAUGUUUUUCUAUACAGAGUGGCAGUUUGUUUUGUUUUAUUUUUUCAUUUUGAAAACAUAUUAUUGGUAGAUCACUGACUGACUUGCGCAUUGUUCUAUGCUUGGGCAAAAUCAUCAAAGCCCAAAUAUUUAGCCUUUUUGGAUGCUGUUUAUUUAUUUUUCAAAACCUGUAAAAAAAAUUUAUUUUUGGACUUUUUCCCAAAGAUUCUCAAAUGUAUGAGAAUAUCAAUGAUUAAUAGUACUAAACAAACAGAAAGCUGCUCAAGGACUGUGUUUAUCAGUCAUUGAAUGAACAAUCAAAAGUUUCAUUUUAAAAAGAGGCUCCAGAAAUGUCAUCUUUUCAGAAUUAAAUUCUGACACUUAGUGAAGGGAAAAGACAGCCCUUUUCUGUUUUUGUUUUUUUUUGUUGUUGUUUUUUGUUCACUUAGGGGAAACACUGAUACAUUUAGUGACUAUAACCAACUCUUUGUUUGUAAUUUAUAUUAAUGUCUGAAUUUAGAAAAGGAUGCUUCUAAUCUGAUUUCCAAUGUUCUUUACAGUCAUUACGAUGGAAGAGAAAAAGAUGGAGACAAAUCCUCCUUGAAAUGGAAUGAUCACAGUUCUUUGUCUUCUUUUCUUAGAACCUCAUCUGCUAUUUGGCAGGUUAAGUCACUUAACUACAAAAUGUCUGGGGGCAGAUAAUUCACCUUUUCCCUGUUGAAAUUUUGAUAGGCUUUUAAUGCUACAUAAAGAAUAUCUAUUUGCCAUUGUUUAAUGUACUAUCAUCCAGAAAAGUAUGCCCUUUUAGAAAUCAUUCACAAAAUAUUGGAAAAUAAUCUUAUCUUAGAAUUCUUUUUUCCCCUGGAGAAAGGAGGAUUCCUUUACCUUUAGUUCCUCCAAAUCAGUGAAAAUCCAAAGCCUUAUCACUUUCUUCACCCUUUCAAAAAAGCAGGAUGAUAUUGCAUGCUAAGGAGCUUGCCACUCUAAAGGGCUUGAAGAAAACUCAGAAAGGAGUUAAUUAAAAAAAAAAAAAAAAAGGAAA